UCUCUAUUCUCUAUAUUUCUCUCAAGGUCAACCUGUACACUUCUUUUCCGGGUCAGGUCAACAACUAACAUCUCCUUCAUACCAUUCAUAACAACCGCCGUCAAUAUUGUGAUGUGGGGAGCAUACGGGUUCUUGUAUCCUGACACGGCUAUUAUUAUCGUGAAUAUGGUAGGCCUCACUGUCCAGCUGUCGUAUAUCUGCAUUUACAUACAUUUUACCCAAAACAAGCUCCGUCCUGUUCAACAAGCCAUAGCAGGAGUCGCCUUUCUAGUGGCGCUCUACAUCUACAUGUCUCAAUUCGUCCCAACACGCGCCUCGGCCCUCAAACAAGUCGGUCUCGUCGCCAGCAUAGUCACCAUUUUCAUGUACGUCGCUCCAGUUUGUGAUAUGGUGCAUUGUAUACGAGCCAAAUCAGCCAAGACAAUCUCGGCCUCUCUCAGCGUUGCCACCCUCAUCGCUUCGUCCCUAUGGCUCUCAUAUGGUAUACUCCGCCACGACACGUUUAUAUCUUUGCCCAAUAUCCCCGGGGUUCUCAGUAGUAUAUCAAGAUUACUCAUCCUCUGGAGGUUCAGUGGCAGAGAGGAGGAUGAAGAUGACUUUUAUAUUCCAUCCUCAUCAACAUCCUCGUCAUCCCACUCAUCGUCAUCUUCUUCCUCAAUACCAUCAAUAGUGUGACUGUGCGUCUUGCUUGAGAAUUCUUCUUACCGCGUUCGAUUAACCCCUCCACGCCCAGCCAUGCAUCCAAAAGCUACAUGGAACAUCAGGAAGCUUCUAACUUCUCAGCAGUCAUUCUACAUUAAUCCAUUCGAAUGAAGGAAGAUCAUCAAACGACUCAAUGUUCCUUGAGAAGGGGAGUAACCAGGAGCAUUCUUGAAGAAGAUAAUCAAUGGCCACUUAUUUCAUAUUUUUGGCAUAGACGUUAUACACCAUCAGCAUUGUACUUCCGAAAUUCUUUGAUGCAAUUAUUGCAGUUCGAAAUUAAGCGAUUAUCAUAAUAAAAUAUUGUUUUUUUGUCAAGCUUAA